CCAUCUUCUUCCAACAUAUCUCCAAUUUUUCUUCCCCUUUGCUUCAAACCCUAAACUCAGAAUUAAUCGAUUCUGAGAAUUGAUCGCAUGCUUUUUCUCUCUCAGCUGCAUGAUCUCUCUUACCCUUUACAUUAUUUGUUUUGGAAAAAGUGAGGUUAACGAAAUCCAAUUUUAAUCGGGGGAUAAUUGUUUUCCCUCUCAGAAUUGAUCAAUUCUCUACUGUUCCAGUUGCCCUGCAGAAUUAAUCAAUUUUCCCUCUGUUAAUUGAGCUCAAUUUAUCCCACAUUGCAACAAUACACUGGUUGAUUGCGGGGGUCAAAACCUUAGCUGAAAUUAGCAGCUUUCUGCUUACAUAUUGGUUGUGUGUGUGUGAAUUGACCGAAUUCAGGCCGCAUUAUGGCGGCAGUGAAGAUGUGAUCGCAUUUUGGUGCUAGUUAGUGAGUUAUGGAGAUGUUUUCGUUGAUUGCGGUUGGAGAGAACGGAAUCGAGGGAUUGGGUUGGGAGGAGGAGUGUUGGAUCCAAUCAGGGGUGAGACAGCGCCGCUAGAAUGGCGCUGUUCAGAAGGUUCUUCUACCGGAAGCCGCCGGAUCAACUUCUGGAAAUCACUGAGAGGGUCUAUGUGUUUGAUUGCUGCUUCUCCACUCAUGUGCCUGACGAGGGUGAGUACAGGACAUACAUGAAUAAGAUUGUAGCUCAGCUGCAUAAUCAGUUCCCUGAUGGAACUUUCAUGGUUUUGAAUUUCAAAGACGGGGAUGGUAGGAGCCUAUUUUCUGAUCUGUUAGCUCAAAAUGGUAUGACGGUCAUGGAUUACCCUCAGCAGUAUGAAAGGUGUCCGCUGUUACCUAUGGAGAUGAUCAACCACUUCUUGCGAUCGAGUGAGAACUGGUUGACAGUUGAGGGCCAGCAUAAUAUUCUUUUAAUGCUUUGUGAAAGGGGAGGAUGGCCUCUGCUUGCAUUUAUGCUAGCUUGCCUUCUUCUUUACAGGAAACAAUAUACUGGUGAGCAGAAGACACUUGAGAUGGUAUACAAACAAGCGCCCAAGGACCUUCUUUCCCUUUUGACUCCUUUGAAUCCACAGCCGUCUCAGCUCAGGUAUCUUCAAUACAUCAGUGAAAGAAAUUCUAUGUUGGAUUGGGCAACAUCGGAUGCGCCUCUGGCCUUGGAUUGCAUAAUACUCCAAGCCCUUCCUCGAUAUGACCAAGGACAAGGAUGUCGACCGAUAAUACGAGUAUAUGGUCAUGAAUUUUCUUCCAGAUUGUCCAGUAUAAGCACAAAGCUUUUGUUUUCACCUUCUAAAGUGACAAAAGAUAUGCCUUACUAUCAAAAGGAAGAGUGUGAUCUAGUAACAAUAGAUAUCCAUUGCCGUGUUCAAGGAGAUGUUGUCCUUGAAUGCAUCCAUUUGGAAGAUGAUCUAGUGAGUGAGAAAAUUAUUUUUAGAACCAUGUUCCACACUGAAUUUGUACGGGAAAAUAUUUUGAUGCUGACCCACAGCGAAGUAGAUGUUCUUUGGGAUGUAAAGGACCUUAUCUCGAGGGAAUUCAAAGCAGAGGCUCACUUCUCAGAUGAACCUUCUCUCCUGCCCAUCAUCACCACAGAAGUUGUGAACAAAGAUGACGAAGACAGUGAAACAGAAGUUGCCACUCCUGAGGAAUUCUUUGAGGCGGAGGAGAUCUUUAGUAGUUUCGUUGGUGUGCAGGAUGACAUGGUGGCAUCUUAUGACUAUCCAAUUGAAGUUAGUGCCCAUGUUGAUGUAGCUAAAUUUCAUAAAACUCUGGUUGAUGAAGGUCGUCACGACAUUCCCUUGGAGGAUGAACCGGAAAAACAAGUGCUUCAAGAAUGUACUAUAGAUGAGACCAGUAGUAUUUGUGGCAGCACGGUGGAACAACAAGUGUUUCAAGAAUAUACUAUAGAUGAGACCAGUGGUAUUUGUGACAGCACGGUGGAUCCUAUUAGCAACUCAUUGCAUAACGGGGAAGUCCAACCAGAGGCGUAUGUAUUUUCUGAGGUAGCCACCGACGCUGAAACCUUAUAUAAGGAUGAUGGUACGAGCAGCAAGUAUGAAGAAGAUGGCAACAAACAAAGUGAAAAGGAGGGUUCAAAACAGAAGUUAGGUGGUGAUAAUGAUGAGCACAAGGGUCUUCACGACAUUGUUGAUGAAACCACAGUUGAUAAAACUCUGGUUGAUGAAGGUCGUCACGACAUUCCCUUGGAGGAUGAACCGGAACAACAAGUGUUUCAAGAAUGUACUAUAGAUGAGACCAGUAGUAUUCGUGGCAGCACGAUAGAUCCUAUUAGCAACUCAUUGCAUAAUGGGGAAGUCCAACCAGAGGCGUAUGUAUUUUCUGAGGUAGCCACCGACUCUGAAACCUUAUAUAAAGAUGAUGGUACGAGCAGCAAGUUUGAAGAAAAUGGCAACAAACAAAGUGAAAAGGAGGGUUCAAAAAAGAAGCUAGGUGGUGAUAAUGAUGAGCACAAGGGUCUUCACGACAUUGUUGAUGAAACCAAAGUUGAUAAAACUCUGGUUGAUGAAGGUCGUCACGACAUUCGCUUGGAGGAUGAACCGGAACAACAAGUGUUUCAAGAAUGUACUAUAGAUGAGACCAGUAGUAUUCGUGGCAGCACGGUGGAUCCUAUUAGCAACUCAUUGCAUAAUGGGGAAGUCCAACCAGAGGCGUAUGUAUUUUCUGAGGUAGCCACCGACUCUGAAACCUUAUAUAAAGAUGAUGGUACGAGCAGCAAGUUUGAAGAAGAUGGCAACAAACAAAGUGAAAAGGAGGGUUCAAAAAAGAAGCUAGGUGGUGAUAAUGAUGAGCACAAGGGUCUUCACGACAUUGUUGAUGAAACCAAAGUUGAUAAAAUUCUGGUUGAUGAAGGUCGUCACGACAUUCCCUUGGAGGAUGAAUCGGAACAACAAGUGUUUCAAGAAUGUACUAUAGAUGAGACCAGUAGUAUUCGUGGCAGCACGGUGGAUCCUAUUAGCAACUCAUUGCAUAAUGGGGAAGUCCAACCAGAGGCGUAUGUAUUUUCUGAGGUAGCCACCGACUCUGAAACCUUAUAUAAAGAUGAUGGUACGAGCAGCAAGUUUGAAGAAGAUGGCAACAAACAAAGUGAAAAGGAGGGUUCAAAAAAGAAGCUAGGUGGUGAUAAUGAUGAGAACAAGGGUCUUCACGACAUUGUUGAUGAAACCAAAGUUGAUAAAACUCUGGUUGAUGAAGAUCGUCACGACAUUUGCUUGGAGGAUGAACCGGAACAACAAGUGUUUCAAGAAUGUACUAUAGAUGAGACCAGUAGUAUUCGUGGCAGCACGGUGGAUCAUAUUAGCAACUCAUUGCAUAAUGGGGAAGUCCAACCAGAGGCGUAUGUAUUUUCUGAGGUAGGCACCGACUCUGAAACCUUAUAUAAAGAUGAUGGUACGAGCAGCAAGUUUGAAGAAGAUGGCAACAAACAAAGUGAAAAGGAGGGUUCAAAAAAGAAGCUAGGUGGUGAUAAUGAUGUGCACAAGGGUCUUCACGACAUUGUUGAUGAAACCACAGUUGAUAAAACUCUGGUUGAUGAAGGUCGUCACGACAUUCGCUUGGAGGAUGAACCGGAACAACAAGUGUUUCAAGAAUGUACUAUAGAUGAGACCAGUAGUAUUCGUGGCAGCACGGUGGAUCCUAUUAGCAACUCAUUGCAUAAUGGGGAAGUCCAACCAGAGGCGUAUGUAUUUUCUGAGGUAGCCACCGACUCUGAAACCUUAUAUAAAGAUGAUGGUACGAGCAGCAAGUUUGAAGAAGAUGGCAACAAACAAAGUGAAAAGGAGGGUUCAAAAAAGAAGCUAGGUGGUGAUAAUGAUGAGCACAAGGGUCUUCACGACAUUGUUGAUGAAACCAAAGUUGAUAAAAUUCUGGUUGAUGAAGGUCGUCACGACAUUCCCUUGGAGGAUGAAUCGGAACAACAAGUGUUUCAAGAAUGUACUAUAGAUGAGACCAGUAGUAUUCGUGGCAGCACGGUGGAUCCUAUUAGCAACUCAUUGCAUAAUGGGGAAGUCCAACCAGAGGCGUAUGUAUUUUCUGAGGUAGCCACCGACUCUGAAACCUUAUAUAAAGAUGAUGGUACGAGCAGCAAGUUUGAAGAAGAUGGCAACAAACAAAGUGAAAAGGAGGGUUCAAAAAAGAAGCUAGGUGGUGAUAAUGAUGAGAACAAGGGUCUUCACGACAUUGUUGAUGAAACCAAAGUUGAUAAAACUCUGGUUGAUGAAGAUCGUCACGACAUUUGCUUGGAGGAUGAACCGGAACAACAAGUGUUUCAAGAAUGUACUAUAGAUGAGACCAGUAGUAUUCGUGGCAGCACGGUGGAUCAUAUUAGCAACUCAUUGCAUAAUGGGGAAGUCCAACCAGAGGCGUAUGUAUUUUCUGAGGUAGGCACCGACUCUGAAACCUUAUAUAAAGAUGAUGGUACGAGCAGCAAGUUUGAAGAAGAUGGCAACAAACAAAGUGAAAAGGAGGGUUCAAAAAAGAAGCUAGGUGGUGAUAAUGAUGAGCACAAGGGUCUUCACGACAUUGUUGAUGAAACCACAGUUGAUAAAACUCUGGUUGAUGAAGGUCGUCACGACAUUCCCUUGGAGGAUGAAUCGGAACAACAAGUGUUUCAAGAAUGUACUAUAGAUGAGACCAGUAGUAUUCGUGGCAGCACGGUGGAUCCUAUUAGCAACUCAUUGCAUAAUGGGGAAGUCCAACCAGAGGCGUAUGUAUUUUCUGAAGUAGCCACCGACUCUGAAACCUUAUAUAAAGAUGAUGGUACGAGCAGCAAGUUUGAAGAAGAUGGCAACAAACAAAGUGAAAAGGAGGGUUCAAAAAAGAAGCUAGGUGGUGAUAAUGAUGAGAACAAGGGUCUUCACGACAUUGUUGAUGAAACCAAAGUUGAUAAAACUCUGCUUGAUGAAGGUCGUCACGACAUUCCCUUGGAGGAUGAACCGGAACAACAAGUGUUUCAAGAAUGUACUAUAGAUGAGACCAGUAGUAUUCGUGGCAGCACGGUGGAUCCUAUUAGCAACUCAUUGCAUAAUGGGGAAGUCCAACCAGAGGCGUAUGUAUUUUCUGAGGUAGCCACUGACUCUGAAACCUUAUAUAAAGAUGAUGGUACGAGCAGCAAGUUUGAAGAAGAUGGCAACAAACAAAGUGAAAAGGAGGGUUCAAAAAAGAAGCUAGGUGGUGAUAAUGAUGAGCACAAGGGUCUUCACGACAUUGUUGAUGAAACCAAAGUUGAUAAAACUCUGGUUGAUGAAGGUCGUCACGACAUUCCCUUGGAGGAUGAACCGGAACUACAAGUGUUUCAAGAAUGUACUAUAGAUGAGACCAGUAGUAUUCGUGGCAGCACAGUGGAUCCUAUUAGCAACUCAUUGCAUAAUGGGGAAGUCCAACCAGAGGCGUAUGUAUUUUCUGAGGUUACCACCGACACUGAAACCUUAUAUAGGGAUGAUGGUACGAGCAGCAAGUUUGAAGAAGAUGGCAACAAACAAAGUGAAAAGGAGGGUUCAAAACAGAAGUUAGGUGGUGAUAAUGAUGAGCACAAGGGUCUUCACGACAUUGUUGAUGAAACUCAAGUUGAUAAAACUCUGGUUGAUGAAGGUCGUCACGGCAUUCCCUUGGAGGAUGAACCGGAACAACAGGUGUUUCAAGAAUGUACUAUACAUGAGACCAGUAGUAUUCGUGGCAGCACGCUGAAUCCUAUUAGCAACUCAUUGCAUAAUGGGGAAGUCCAACCAGAGGCGUAUGUAUUUUCUGAGGUAGCCAUCAACGCUGAAAUCUUAUAUAAGGAUGAUGGUACGAGCAACAAGUUUGAAGAAGAUGGCAACAAACAAAGUGAAAAGGAGGGUUCAAAACAGAAGUUAGGUGGUGAUAAUAAUGAGCAGAAGGGUCUUUCAAUAGCCCAUAUGAAACAACCUGUGUACAGAUCAAGAUCCGAUCUAGAUGCAGUUUUUACCAGUAAGAAAAAUAAGGAGCAAGAUUCACCAGAUGUUGUAGCGAGGUGGAUACCUUCUAACAAAGGUUCUUACACGAAUUCAAUGCACAUGCAUUAUCCUCGGUCGAGACAUAACAGUGCUCCAGCAUUAUUGACUCUCGGCAAGGAUUCUGUGUAUGGGGUGAAAAGAAAGCCCCAAUCUGCUCCUGCAUCCCACUGUACUUCUCCAUGGUUUCCGGACUCAUCAGCAGUCGAAGCGGCUGUUGCCCCAACUUCUCCAUCUAAAUCGCAAGUCAUAAAUCCUUGUGAACUUAGUCUAGUGGAGAUACGUACCAAACACACUUCUCCAUCUCCCAUCUCUCCUCCAUCAGAAGCACCUCCUCCUUCAGAAUCAUUAUCAGAAAUACAUGCUUUACUUCCCACAUCAAUUCCUUGUGAAGAAGAACUGAGCUUGUCACUUCCGCCUCCACCACCACCACCACCUAUUGCUCUGCAACUUCCGCCUCGACCUAGGAGGCUUCCACCUCCGGCUCAGCCCACUCCUACUCCCACUGUAACGCCUAUGCCUUCGCCUCUGCCUCCAUCUCAGCCCAUGAGCACUCCUACGCCUGUGUUUCCGCCUCUGCCUCUGUAUCAGCCCUCGACCACUUCUACGCCUGUGCAUCCCCCUCCCCCUACAUCUCAGCCUACAACCAUUCUUACGCCUGUGCAUCUGCCUCCGUCUCUACCUCCAUCUCAGCCCACGACCUCUCCUCCGCCUCCGCCUUCGCCUCCAUCUCCAUAUACACUUGUGCCUCCUCCUCCGCCUCCAUCUCCAGCCACACCUGCUCUAUCUCAGUUCACAACCACUCCUACAGAUGUGUCUCCGCUUUCUACUCCAACUUCAUCUGAGCCCACCACUCCUUCGCCUGUGCCUUCACCACCAUCUCAGCCCACAACCACUCCUACGGAUGUGUCUCCGCUUUCUACUCCAACUUCAUCUGAGCCCAACACUCCUUCGCCUGUGCCUUCACCACCAUCUCAGCCCACGACCACUCCUACGAAUGUGCCUUCACCUCCUCCUCCAUCUCAGCCGACCCCCACUCCCACAACUCCACCUCAGUCUCCAUCUCACCCGACAUCCAUUCUCAUGCCUCCACCUCUGCCUCCAUCUCAUCCCAUGACUACAACCAUGCCUACACCUCCGCUUCCAUCUCAGCCAAUGCCCAUUCCCACGCCUCCGCCUAUGCCUCCACCUCACCAGCUGAGGCUGCCUCAGCUGGCCUCCGCUUCCAUGUCUCCACCUCAGUCUCCAUCUCAGGCCACAUCCAUUCCCAUGCCUCCACCUCCGCCUCCAUCUCAGCCAAUGUCUAUUCCCACGCCUCCGCCUCAUCCUAUGCAUAUGCCUCCACCUCACCCUCCACCUCCACCUAGGUCUCUAUCUCAGGCCACAUCCAUUCCCACGCCUUCACCUCCGCCUCCACCCUUUCCAUCUACUCAUACUACUACUUAUUCACUGGCAGCCCCACCUGCACAGGCAUCAUCUCCAUCUCUCCAGGAUUCGACUCCCCCAUCAUUGUCUGUAGAUUCUAGCUUAGCCAUAAAUUUGAAAGGAAACCAAAAUCAUCCUCCAGUACCAAUACCUCCUAUCUCAUCGAGCAUGGAGAAUACUAGUACCGUCAUCCCACCACCUCCACCUCCACCUCCACCACCAAUUUGGUGUAAAAUGGUUUUAGUGUUAUCAAACUCUUCAACUUCAGGUCCAUUCCCAUAUACUUUUCACGCUGCUUAUCCAUCACUACCUCCUAAUCAGGGAGUUUAUUAUCUUCCACAGUCUCUACCUCAAAUGACUAGUGCUCCACAACCAACAUCAAUACCUCCUGGUUUUCCAGGACUUUCACAACCCCUUGCUUUGUUUGGAGCACCUACUCAACCUUUUCCAUCUCUUGCGACUGGUGUUACACUAACUCAACCUUCACCCCCACCUUCUGCUUCAGGAACGUUACCUCCCCCAACAUCCUGGGCUUCCACCCCCUCUCAACCUAGUGGAGGAGCACCCCGUCCCCCUCCCCCUCCCCCUCCCCCUUUUGGUGGAGCACCUCCACCACCCCCUCUGCCUAGAAGAGGUGGACCACCUCCACCACACGCUUUGGCUAGAGGAGCCCCACGUCCACUACCCCCUCCUCGAGGUGCACCUGGCCCACCACCGCCACCAGGUCCACCGGGAGUAGGAGGUCCACCACCACCACCACCAGGUCCACAAAGAGGUCCACCACCCCCACCUGGAGUAGAUAGAGGGAUUGGUGCUUUUAGGGGGCAGGCACGCCUUGCAGUAAAAAAAUCUAAAUUAAAGCCGCUUCACUGGAGCAAGGUGAGCCGGGCACUAAAAGGAAGCUUGUGGGAAGAAUUGCAGAAACAAGGAGCCCCUCAAGUUGCACCAGAAUUUGAUGCGUCAGAAAUUGAGAGUCUUUUCUGUGCAACAGCCCCGGGAAAAGACAAAGAUGGAGCCAAGAACGCUGCUGCAGCUAAGCCUACCAAAAUCCAGCUGAUUGACCUAAAGAGGGCCUAUAACGUUGAAAUCAUGCUUACAAAUGUGAAAAUGUCACUUCCUGACCUAAUGACCGCGAUACUUUCACUGGAUAACACAGUUUUGGAUGCUGAUCAAGUGGAAAAUCUUAUUAAGUUUUGUCCAAAAAAAGAGGAGAUGGAGCUUCUCAAGACAUACACAGGUGAUCCAGAGAUGUUGGGAAAGUGUGAACAGUUUUUCCUAGAACUGAUGAAGGCACCACGGAUGGAAACUAAAUUGAAGACUUUCCUUUUCAAGAUUCAAUUUAACUCUCAGCUUUCUGAUUUCAAAGAAAGCUUGGUUAUCGUAAACUCCGCCUGUGAAGAGGUAAACAGAUGGAUUCUAGUGAGUUCAUGGUUUGUAGUUAUAAUCACUGGGAAUGAAUUUGACAUCUUCCUCAUGCUUCAGGUCCGGAACUCCGAUAAACUAAAAGAAAUUUUACAGAAAAUAUUAGUUCUUGGAAAUACAUUGAAUGAGGGAACUGCAAGAGGUGCCGCCGUCGGAUACAGACUGGAUAGUCUUUUGAAACUGACGGAUACACGUUCAACCACUAGCAAAAUGACACUUAUGCAUUUUCUUUGUAAGUCCCUUGCUGCUAAGAAUCCAGAUCUUCUAGACUUUUACAAUGAUCUUCCUAACCUGGAGGCUUCCACCAAGAUUCAACUAAAGUCGUUGGCAGAUGAAAUGACAUCUAUCUCCAAGGGUUUAGAGAAGGUGAAGCAGGAAUUGGAUGCUUCGGAACAUGAUGGUCCUAUCUCCGAAGUUUUUCACAGGACUCUGAAGGAAUUUAUUGGUUCUGCUGAGAGUGAAGUAACCAAUGUAAUGAACACAUAUGCUGUUGCGGGUAAAAAUGCUGAAGCAGUGGCUAUGUACUUUGGCGAAGAUCCUAACCGAAUCCCUCUCGAACAAGUCACUGAAACCCUCUCAAACUUCGUGAAGCUAUUCCAGACAGCCUGCGAAGAAAACAGUAAGCAGGCUGAAGCAGACAGGAAGAAGGCUCAGAAGGAGGCUGAAGCCGCAGAGAACGCGUCGAAGGUGUAAAUAUUGUAAAACUAAAAUAUGAGAACAAUUGUAGCACAGCCCCUGCUGGAACAACCAGAUUUGCACCUCCGGAAAAUGAACCCGGAAUGCUAGCGGCUGCUUUGGAUGAUGCAGGCAGCCGAUAUGCUAGUCUUGGGGAUGUACUUACCACUUACCGGAGGAGGGAUUCUUCACAAACCAAGUCAUCAGAGGCCGGGGACAGAGCUGGGGGGGGGCUCGAGCACCCCAGUUGCUGGAAAUAUCCGAUUCAGUUCCCUCGAAGCUAUAUUUCUGGCCUGGCCACUGAUCAGAGGUAUGUUCGGCCCUCUUAUCCAUCCCCGAGAUAAAUGUUGAACACGGGCUGGAUUGAUUGAGGCUGAUUGAGCUCUCCCGUCCGAGUGGAACCAGAGCCUGGUCGGAUUUUUGUAAAUCCGAGCUGUGUUCCGACGUCAGCUAUAUGAGGAUAUCAUGGGAACUAUAAUGCAGAUUGCUGAUGCGAAAAUGUUUCAUGUACAAAGCACUAACAUUCAUACUGAUUCUUUGGUGUAGCAUAGAAAGAAGAGAACCUUCCAAUAUAUUUUGUUGUACAGCAGUAAAGGUAAAGUGAUAGAGUGUAUAAGAAAAUAGGCUGUGGUAGUCGAGUAUAUAAUCAUUUUUUAGAGCAAGUUUUAGGUAUUCCCAUUGAUUUUUUAUUAGAAUUAUCAUUCAUUCAUUCGUCAAGGAAAAAAAAACUUUGGUUGGGUAAUAAUUGUUUUUGUUA